AUGGCGUGUAAGGAAAAGCCAUCUAAAAGCAUUUUGAAAUCUGAUCAGGAACAACCUCCAACACUUGGGACAUACAAUAUCUACACAAAACGUGCCAGUUUCAAAGAUGAUGUCAUCCUUCAACAGUUUAUACAGGACAAUUGUGAAGUAAUUACACCACCGGUUAUUGAAGCUAAACUUCCAAUUGCAUCAGAUGAUACAGAAGAACAAUUAAGUCCUGAAGAGAUAUCUCGAAGAAAUGAAUUCAAGCAAAAACGUCGUUUAAUAGAUUUAGAAGGAACUGAUGGUUUGAACUUGAAAGCUGUUUUAGGCCAUAGAGUUUCUCUGCCUGGAGUUGAACUUGAUGAAGAUGAUGAUGAUGACGAUAAUGAAAAUAAUAAACGUGAAGAAUUGGUGAGUCAAGCUAGUGGAUCAGUUUGCACAGGUGGUGGUGUUGGUGUGUCACUUCCAAUUCCAUCAAAGCUAUAUGAACAUGAAUCUGAUUCCGACUGGA